CGCGACCAACUCGACGCAGUCAGUACACGCGUCUCGACGCCCGGGGAUGCGUCCGUCGACGGAGGUAUAGUUUCGCCGCGCGAACCACCGUCGAUCAGUGGGGGUGUCAAUCCGUCGUGUAAACUUCGCGAGAGAAAAGUGAGAGGAAAGGAUAUACAGCGCGUAUGGCGCGUCGUGUCAUAUUCCUGCCACUAUAAUGCUACACUUUUUUCGCGAGAAUGAGGGUGGCACGGCUAUUACUGUGCUGCGUACUUCUCGAAGACUACAGCACCAAUCUCGGCGGAACGGCAAUUACGAGUGACGCCAUGCGCCAAGACGGCCUCUCGUCCGCGACGAAUCCGACGCUAUCAGAUGUGCCGAGCUUUUCCGAGCCGAUCGGCAAUGUGACCGCCGCCAUCGGCAAAGAAGUCGCCCUCUCCUGUACCAUCAGGAAAGUGGGAAAUUACAAGGUGGGAUGGCUACGUGCCGAGGAUCAGACGAUAUUAUCAAUGGGCGAUCGCAGAGUCACCCAUUCGCCUCGUUUCUUCGUCACCUUGGAGAACGCCAAGACGAAGAAUCAAACGCAAUCGCGGGAGGACGAGGAGGCCACUUGGCAGCUGCAUAUUCGGGCAUUGAAGGAGGCCGACCGUGGCUGCUACAUGUGCCAACUCAACACCAAGCCCAUGUUAAGCCAGCUGGGAUGCGUGGAUGUCCUAGUCCCACCCGACAUCCUAAAUUCUGGCACAUCGGACGGCGAGGUUUCCGUUCUCGAGGGUGAGAACGCUACGUUGUCGUGCAAAGCAUCCGGACGGCCACCGCCUCGUGUAUUCUGGCGACGCGAGAAAAGUGAUUUCAUACUCGUGAGGGGUUCUCAUGAUCCGUUGAUACAAGUGGACAACCUGUCCGGCGAAAGGCUAGAAUUAACCAGAGUAGACAGGAGGCAAAUGGGGGCUUAUCUUUGCAUAGCGAGAAACGAAGUGCCUCCGGCAGUCAGCAAGAGGGUUAAUCUAAAAGUAAAUUUUCCUCCCAGCGCAAAGGCACCCAAUCAACUACUCAGUUCUCCUUUGGAUACAAACGUGUCACUAAUCUGUUUAAUCGAGGCUUAUCCCAAGACAAUUAACUUGUGGAUGCGUAAGGAACAAGUUAUUAUGAGCGGAGGCAGAUACGAAAUCGACGAACGAGGAGACCCCGACGAGGAAUGGAAGACGACGAUCGUGUUGAAGAUAAGACGCUUGAAGAAAACGGAUUUGGGUGAAUACACGUGCUCAGCCUCCUCAAGUAUGGGAAAAGCCGAGGCGACUCUCAGGGUAUACGAGAUCGAGCGCGUAACCGUACCCACCCGCGUCACCUCAGCCAGUAACAAGCGAGUGAACCAAGGCAAGUCAAAGUCCGGUCAAGGGACGAUGGGCAAUCGGGUUUUCCAUCAGCAGGUGAGCACGCCGGCGAUGCAGAAGAGCACCGCGCGAUUGAUCUACAACAACAGAUACGCGACUACGUCGACUACCGCGGACCCGCGCGCUCCCUUAAUCAAGGAUCAUGGUAACGCUUUCAAGCACAACACCCACAACGAUAACCACCAGAAUCUCAAGGAUCGUAGCGACGCGUCCGCAGUCAUCGCUAGCAAACGGAUCGUCUUGCCGCUCUGUUUGAUAUUGUUCUCGACAGUGAAACGGAAUCUAAACGCUGGAGAUGUGUUUUAUCCUUAUCGAGAUGGGACAAAUGCUUUACGACGAGCGCAGACUGCGGUAAUAUCGGUUAAAAGCGUCGAGGAAUUCCACGGACGACUCUUUGUCAUGGACAUGCAAGCUUCUAAUGUGUAUACUUCCAUCCCUGGAUUGCCUGAACUAGGGAUGGUGUGGAUGGGAGACAUGAUGGUGGGAGAGCCCACUCAUGAACUCAUGCUGGAUCCUCGUCAAGCCGAGAGCCCCUUCUUUUCGCAUAGUUCGCAUCCAUUUGAAGAUCUCAGAAAUCAUCACAUUGCUCCUAUGGUACGCUAUAUACCACAACAAUUCUCAAAUGAGUGCUCAGAACCUGAUGAAGCGAUGGAAGCUGUAGAUGCUCAUGAGAUACAAGAUUAUGAUUCACAGCCUGAAAGGCCAGAAAUGAAUGAAUAUUUAACAUUAGAAGAUUAUAUUGAUGAAGACCGAGAACAAAUUGUGAGCAAUGCGGCGACUCAAACUACUCAAGACAAUCGAAAUCGAAAAAUAAAGCCUAUAAAGCAUCCUGGACUUAUUUUAAAAACGCCUAUUGCGUAUCAACCUCAUACUGAUCUAAAUUUUAUUCCUAUUCGUAAAGAUGGUAUAGCUGUAUGUGAAAAAUGUGGUGCUAUUGGAGUGAAACAUGCUUUUUACACGAAGGAGCGUAGAUUUUGCAGUAGAGCAUGUGCACGUUCUUCAGAACAUACGGCUCCUACUGCCGAUUCGACAUAUAGUCCAUCUCAUUCAGUGGAUCAGCCAGUAUCCGGAAAUCAAGCAUCACUUAAUGAAACAAAAUCGACAGAAGUAGUUAUAAAGGAAGAAGUAGAUAUCAAGGAACCUGUCGAAUCAGAAAAAGAAAAAGUUAAAUUAGAACCGGUAAUGCCCGAAGAUUUACCAGUUAGAAGAAAAAGAACAGCAGAAAUGGCGGGUUCUUAUGAUUGGACGUCGCAACUUGUUGAACCUGGAUUUUGUGCUGCACCAGUCUCAUGUUUUAAACAUGCUCCUAUAUCCGAAAUAUGGGAUAACAUCACAGUUGGUAUGAAAGUAGAAGUAGAAAAUACCGACUGUGACGAAGUAUGCGAGGCUUUCCCAGAUUCGUUUUGGGUUGCAACUGUAUUACGUAUAUGUGGCUAUAGAGCUUUGUUAAGGUAUGAGGGUUUCGGGCACAAUGCAGAUAAAGAUUUUUGGGUGUCGCUUUGUUCUAAUGACAUACAUCCUGUUGGUUGGUGUGCCACAAUUGGAAAACCUCUUAUUCCACCUAACACAAUUGCCAACAAGUACAAAGAUUGGAAGGAUUUUUUAAUGAAACGAUUGACUGGUGCAAGAACAUUACCAACCAAUUUUUACAACAAAGUAAACGAUAGUAUGAAAUCUCGUUUUCGAUGUGGGCUUCAUUUAGAAGUAGUAGAUAAAAACAGAAUCUCACAAGUGAAAGUUGCAACAAUACAAAAGAUUGUUGGCAAACGUUUGCAUGUGAGAUAUUACGAUUCUCCUCCAGAGGAUAAUGGUUUCUGGUGUCACGAAGAUUCACCUCUCAUACAUCCCGUCGGUUGGGCUAAGAGAGUAGGACAGACGCUGGAUGCAUAUCCCGAGUAUUUAGAUCGAGUUUCUAAAUCAAAAUUAACCGAAGACGACGCAACGGGAGAUCUUUUUCAUGUGCCAAAGAAUCAUCACGUACAUCUUGGAUACACGUUUAGAGAAGGAAUGAAACUAGAAGCCAUCGAUCCACUCAAUCUUUCGGCUAUAUGCGCGGCGACAGUUAUGCGAGUUUUAAAAGAGGAUUACAUUAUGAUUCGCAUCGACACUUACGAUGAAGACGCGAGCGGUGCCGAUUGGUUUUGUUAUCAUUCGUGUUCACCUUGCAUUUUUCCAGUCACUUUUUGUUCCCAACAUGGUUUACCAUUAACACCACCUAAAGGUUAUGAUCCUACCACAUUUACAUGGGAUGCAUAUAUGAUAGAAACUAAUGCUGAACCUGCUCCUGUGCAGUUGUUUAAUUGGGAUAUUCCUCAACAUGGAUUUAUUGAGGGAAUGAGACUUGAAGCUGCUGAUUUAAUGGAUCCUAGAUUAGUUUGUGUUGCUACUAUUACUAGGGUGAUUGGCAGAUUAUUACGAGUACAUUUUGAUGGUUGGGAAGAUGAAUAUGAUCAAUGGUUAGAUUGUCAAAGUCCAGAUGUUUAUCCCGUUGGAUGGUGCGAUCUUGUCGAUCACAAGUUAGAACCGCCACGAAAUGUACUCACUAAAAACACUAGUCCUACUGUAAAAUCACCAAGAGGCCUUAAACGUAAAACUAAGAGAAAAUGGAAGAAGGGUAGCAAGAUGUUUUGCUCCAAAAAUAUACUACCUCGUCAGAGCGAACGUAUUAGUAUGGCUCGCGAACGCGGGCGAGAAUUGGAACCUGCUCAAGGAACCAAAAUUGAGAGAGAACGUGACUUAGAAAGCUUACCAGAACAGAGAAGCAGGGAGCCAGAACCAGCAGAAGAGCCGGUUGGUCCCGAUCAAACCUUACCCAGUCCUACCACUGGUCAAGGCCAAGCAUUGAGUGACACGCAAAGCGAAGUACAGAAUCCUCAGCCACCUAAAGAAAGGACUGCUACAUCAUACAUCAACGUCACUUCAGCAAGUAGUAAAUAUAUACCAAGACUAGCAGAUGGUAUACAAAAAAAUUCGGAAUCUGGUGAUCUAGUGCCAUCUGAAUGGAAUGUUUUUGACGUUGCACAAUUUCUUCGUGUUAAUGAUUGUGCGACAUACUGCGAUAAUUUCAGUAAACGUAAAAUAGAUGGAAAAACAUUGCUGACUCUCACUAAGGACCAAAUAAUAGACCUAACAGGUUUUAAAGUUGGACCUUCUUUGAAGAUAUAUGAUUUAAUUCAGCAAUUAAAAAUCAAAGUGAAUCCAGCUCAGGAAAGGUUGAAAUUUGGAUUGAAGAAAUUAUUAUAACAAAACUAGUAUAUAGUUAGCGCUAUAAAUAAGUUCCAUUAUUAUGUAACUUAGUCAUGGAUUUACAGGUAAAGCAUGUGAAAUAACGAUGAUUAAAAUCACCUCUAUCUCAGUAUA